ACUCUGUUGACAGGGGGAUAAAUGUAGACACAUGACCACCAUCCGCCAUCCCAGCAUCCCUUGCGCGAGAAGGACAUCUUUCCGGAGAGGACACAACCAGUAUCGUUCCAAGAUCUAGCAGAGGCGUAUAAAGUUUAAAAUGGCUGAGAGUAUUGAGGAGAAGAUUCAGAGCUACAGGACUGCUCCGUUUGACGCUAGAUUCCCAAACACCAACCAGACCCGCAACUGUUUCCAGAAUUACCUGGACUUCCACAGGUGCAAUAAGGCCCUGUCGGACAGAGACCAAGAUGUGGCCCCUUGUGAAUAUUACCAGAGGGUCUACAAAAGCCUCUGCCCCACAGGCUGGGUUGGCAAAUGGGACGAGCAGAUAGAAAAUGGAAGCUUCCCAGGAAAGAUCUGAAAUCACCAACUGUUACUGACCAGGACAGUCCAGUUCAAGACACUCCCGUCACUUGGACCUUUUCCUCUGUUGUGUGCCUAAGGACAUCUUCAGACAUCUAUCACAUCAUGAUUACCAAUGUUACUGUUUAUCUUAAACUAGAAACACGCACAACUUUUUACCUACAUGUUAAAGGUCAAAAUUUGUUUCAGGUGUUGUAAACUACUCCUCAGCAUUGGCCAUUCAAUAAAUAAAAAAUAUUUAAUUCAAAUGACAUGUUUUUUUCCCUCCCAGUGCUCUGAUUACUGGUGUUUUAUCAAACUAGACUUUGUAAACCUUUGUAAUCUACAAAAGCUACUUUUGUUUGAAAGCUAACAAACGUGAUUAAACUAUGUCUCCAGG